GCAUGUGUGUGAAACAACAUCAGGAAAAAAGAAGUGUUUAGGAAACGAUGAUGUCAGAUUAAAAGCAUUUAACAAGUUCACAUCACUGAUUUGGAUGUUACUUAACACAGAAUUCAGACGGUUACAACCAUUUAGCGUAGAUACAUGUAAUACAAAGUGUUGAAGCCGAAGCUCGAAUUUUCUCCUUGUGUAACAGAGACCACGCUGUACAUAUCCUAAUUUAGGACAAAAGACGUUUAGUUUCUAUACACAGAUCUGUACAACAUGAAAUACUGCAAAGAACUGAACUUCACUCAGAUCUGGGUAGAUAAAGGACUUAAUCCAUGCUUCAUAGACACUGUCACCUCUGGUGUAUUGUUCCUUCACAUUCUGAUCUGCGGUUGUAUUCAGUGCUCACUGUACAGAAAAUAUGCCACCAAACUCCCGGAGAAGAACCUGACUGGUUCCUGUGGGUUCACGCUGCAGGUCAUGCUGAGCUUCGUUCUGAUGCUGGAGGCUGUCAUACACACGAUCCUCUGUGACACGUCCAUACGUGACCAGACCGUGGCGGGGUACCAGGUUUUUAUGGCCCUCGCCCUCGUGUACUGCUGGAUGGCAUCCAUCAGACUGUUAUUUUACGAGAGAAGACAGAUGCUGCCCUCUAUACCCACGAGAGGUCACGGCCUCAUCCUGCUGGUCUUCUGGAGCCUCGUUUUCAUCAAGGAGAACCUGUCCUUUAUAUCCUGGGAGAGUGCAAGUUACUGGUGGUCAUUGAGAGGAUACUCGGAUCACAUAGAGUUCGGCCUGUGGAUUGUCAGAUACAGCUGUUCUCUCAUGCUGCUGAUUCUGGGAUUUUGGGCUCCUGGUCUGAAUAGAAACCUGUACCAUCUCCUGACUGAUGUAGAAAAUGGCCCUACUCCUGGGGCAGCACAGAACCAGUCUACGUGGAAGAAUGUGUGGUCGAAGCUUAAGAUAAUGAUUCCCUUCGUGUGGCCCAAGGGAAGCUACUGGAGGCAGGGGCUGGUCCUUCUCUGUCUGCUUAUACUGGGGGCAGGGAGGGGGAUAAAUGUACUGGUACCCCUCUACAGCAAAUACAUCAUAAACAGUCUAACUGUCCAACCUAACACACUUGGAGAUGACCUUGCAGAUCUGAAGGUCACAGGGCCAGAGUUUAGAUACGAUUAUAUCCUGAUUUAUUGUUUACUUAUCUUCCUCAAAGGAGGAGGGACAGGAACCACAGGAUUUUUAAACAAUGCCAGGUCGUUCCUAUGGAUACCAGUUCAACAGUACACUACCAGAAGGAUCCAAGUUCGAUUGUUCAAUCAUUUACACAGAUUGUCUCUGAGAUGGCAUCUUCAAAGAAAGACAGGUGAAGUGUUACGAGUGAUGGACCGCGGUACUAAUAGUAUCAACAACCUACUCAGUUAUGUGGUGUUCCAGAUCUUGCCUACCAUCGUCGACAUUGUUAUCGCUAUCGUCUAUUUUGUCACCGUUUUCAACUACAUCUUCGGGCUUGUUGUCUUUCUCUGCAUGGUUCUAUAUUUAGCUGUGACUAUCUGGAUCACGGAGUGGAGAACUAAAUAUAGACGUGAGAUGAACAAACUGGACAACGAGAAAAACUCCAAGGCCGUGGACUCUCUCCUCAACUUUGAAACGGUGAAAUAUUAUGGUGCAUCAGAAUUUGAGACAAACAGAUUUGAUACAGCUAUUAAAGAUUAUCAGGUUGCGGAGUGGAAAUCGACGGCCUCGCUGAACCUCCUGAACUCUCUCCAGAACACGGUGAUUACGUUUGGGACGAUCAGCGGCUCCCUGUUGUGUGCAUACGCUGUGGUGUACUCCAUCAGUGACCUUCACCUCACGGUCGGGGACUAUGUUCUGUUUGGGACAUACCUAAGUCAGCUAUAUGGACCACUCAACUGGCUAGGGACGUAUUACAGGUAA